ACGUGUCCGGAAGUAAAAGAGAAAGUCGCUCCAACAAUCCGUUGUAACUAAUAUCAUUUUAUAGUUUGCCAAUAUUUAUUUAUUUAUCGAAAAAAAAUUGUAAAAUGCGACGUCUUGGCUCGGUCCAGCAGAAGGUGUCAUGUGUUUUUAUGACGGAAGUCAAGGAAGAGCCGUCUAAAAAACGUGACUACCAACCAUUUCAUGUGGUUGCCACAGCCAUCUUGAACCCUGCUGUGCUAGAAGCUGACAUCAGCUCCGCACUGGCCACGGAGAAACUGGAUGGCACCUGCUGCUACGUUACACACUACAAAGGAAAACCACAUCUUUGGGCCCGACUGGAUAGGAAAGCCAACAAACAGGCAGAGAAGCGAUUCAAGAAAUAUCAGUACACUCACAGGAGCUCCAAAGGUUUCAAGUGGAUCGUAGAGGACGACUUUAAGCCAGUGCCUGACACGUGGAUCCCGGCGCAUCAAGUUAAACAUCACAACGGUCAUCCCGUACCCGACGAACACGGACACAUUCCAGUUCAUCUAAAGGACAAGAAGUGCACAAGCUGUCAUGGUUGGGUUCCGGUGGAAGAUGGCAACAAACAAUAUUGCUGGCACUCGUCUGUGGUGGAUUACAGCGCAGGGACUGCGCUGAUUCUCCGUCCCACCGCCAACAAUGACUACGACACAUUGGAAAUUGCUGCUGUGCCAUUGAAUGAUCUCCAGGAACAAACUCUGGAACUGAUUGGGACCAACAUCAACGGAAACCCUUAUGGGUUAGGGAGCAAAAAGCAGCCUGUCCAUCUUCUGGUGUCUCACGGGAGCAUCCGCAUCCGGAACUUGCCACUAGUGGACUUCCAGCAGCUGUACUCAUGGUUCUGCAAUAGCGACGAAGGCCUUGUGGAGGGUAUUGUUUGGCACUGCGGCAACGGCUCGCUCUUCAAGGUUCAUCGCCACCACCUGGGCCUGGAGUGGCCAGCCGAGGGCACUCACCUGGGCAACAAGUCCACCUUUGUACAUAUGAGUGGGUCAGCGGUUGCGGCGGGCGAUUGCAGCAAGAGCCUGUUUGCAUCAUUUUGCCGUCUCAAUGGACACCAUUUCAGCCGCCUGCGUGACAUCCACUUUGACUUGUGAAUAAAAUCCACAGCAUACUUAAAGCCAGUUAAGCAUUUCUACUUUCCACUAAGUUUUGAGGUGACCUUGCAUUUUCUGCCUUCAAAAAAAAUGAAACUCAAAUUUUACUUUUGUUGCAACCUAAUCUCAAUGCAAACUCAAUUUUAAUACAGUAUUCAAGAUUUUUGUGUUUUAAGUUACAUGAAGGAUUAUACUAGUAUACAUGGACACAACAUUGUGGCACGACGGGACUGCAGUUCACUGGAAUAGUUAUCAUUAAAGUCAGUGUUUUCUAUAUAAUGUACGAUCUGAUCUGAAACAGGAAUGUGACUCACUAUACUGAAAUGCUAUUCGUUCAUUGGUUAAUUCUGUAAAAUACGAUGUUAUGUAAUACCGCAGACUUUCCAUACCUUGAAGAAUUAUAGCAACAAAUGGACACACUGUGGGGUGACACCAAGUUAUUGUACCCACUGUUUGGAGCAAUGUGGUCUUUACUACUGAGAAAUAUUCUGUUUAGUGCAUGGUUACAAUGUUUAAAUGGUAUUUAAAAAGAUGAAAGUCAUUCCUUAAAAAAUUUUUUUUUAAAAAGACAGCAAAUGUUUACCUAGGUGACCCAGAGGUUAUAGUCUUACAUUUUGCUACAAAAUGAUGAAACCAUUUUUUUUUUUGUAUAUAAGUAAAUUGUUCCAAUUUAUUGCAUUAAAAAUAUGUAACUGUAUUGCACUUAAAAGCCGCUCUUUAUAUGAUUCUUGUGUCAUUGCAGGCUUAAACGGGUACUGCUUAACAUAUCCUCUACUGUACUUUAUCCUGGAUAUCAUCUCAAACACUGCAGCCACUGAUACAAGCUGCUUCUCGUCAGAAUAGUUAUCAUAGCUGCUGAAUGAAGACGAAUGUUUUCAAUCUGCAGAUACAUUUCACUACCAUUUGCCAGACUUGGAGCAAUUAUAAAUCACCAUGUCUUGUUUAAGAUCAACUUGGAGGAGCUUCUUGAGCCUGCCCAGAAAAAUAUGAAAGAAAUGUGUUCCAAGUCGCUUACUUGACUCACAGGUCAUGUUAAAGUGUACUAUUUUGAUUUGAUAAGUAGUCUACACAAACUAUCGUAACAUUUUGUAAUGAUGCUAUGAACACUUUCAAAUUUAAGUAAUUGAUGUCUCCCAUAAUUUUGUAUUUUCCCAUAUUACUGGUAAUAGUUAAAAAUCCAAAAUAAACACCAACCUAUUAUGUCCA